GUCGUUGGAUACAGGAUCAACAGGAGCUCUGGCUGAGAAGUACAACUGAAGAAGUUGUGGGCAUUGAAGCAGGUUAGGAUGCAAUGGACAUCAGGAAAGGCAGUUUAGACGCAAUCUCAAGGCCAGCAUCUAGCUGUCGCUCCCGCCCGGGGAGCCGUGCCUCAGGCGCCGCUCUGCAGGAGAGAGGUCGGGUCAGCAGCUCCAGUUCGGGGUCUCUGGUGGUUCUCACCCCAGAAGCAGCAGAAGUGCAGGAUAAUAUGAUUGUUUUGGAAAACAUUAGCUUCUCUUCAGAUUCUUCUGAUGGCUUAGAUGAUGAAUUGAGAUCUGAGUUUGAUCAUCUUGCUGCAAACAGAGAAGGAGGCAACAAUCACAUGAGCUUUGUUCCUGAAGAAAAGGGAGAUUCAGACAUAUAUGGGAAAUCCCCCUGUAAAAACAUAGAAACUAAUACCAGCCUGGAAGAGUUAGAAGACAAUGGUGAUGAAAAUUCCUUAAAGUUUGAUGAGUCGGAUGAAGAGAAUGAAGAUCCAGAGCUCCAGAAGGCCAUUCGGAAGAUGAAGAAGCUGGACAACAUACUGGCACAGAAAGUUUCACGGGAAAGAGAAGUGAAGAAACAUGGAAAGAAAAUGCGACUGAAACUAUGGGAAGAACUACAGAGUACAAAGCUGGAAGGGGUUUCAGAGAGUCACGACGAAGCAGAAAAUACAAAACUAUUUUUGGCUUUGACUUCUUCAAAAAUUUCAGGUUCCAGCGAAGAUGUGGAUUUUAUACCUGUAUUUGAUACACAAAUUCCAGUUGAAGAGUAUGGCCAGAGAAUCAAGCCUUCUGAGCAAAUUCAUGACAACCAGUGUAAAAGUACAGAAACUUCAAGAGUGUGUCCAGAUGAAGACAAGUCAGAUCUGGCAGCCAGGGGACAAUGUGAUUUCAACAGAGGCAAGAAAAAACAAGACUUUGUGAAGAAAAAUAUUGAGAUGGCUAAGGAUGCAGGGAAUCAAGUGCUUAUGACAGAUGAAGAAAAGAAAAGACUGGCUGAACUUCUAAAAGACAUUGACAAAGAUGGAAACGCAGAGCUUCCAAAUGAUGAGGGCGACCCUACUCUGUGGGCUUUACGAAUAACAGCUGGGGAGGGCUAUACCCCAGAACCGACUGAACUUGACCAGCUCCUUGAAAUUGACUCCAAACUUCAGGUCUUGCUGUCUCCUGAGGACUUCCUGUCUCUGCACAGUCCUUACUCCAACCACAGUGUACUUCUGGGUCCUGGGACUGCUUUAGAUGACUACAGGGACACACUGCCAGGAGAGAAGGUUCUUCAGGACAUGAAGGAGAUACGGGGUCAAGAGAGUCGGCUGAAAGAGAUUGAGCAGCAGCUGGAACAUCUGGACCAAAAUCUGGAAAGUGCUGUGAGAAAAUGGCUUCUGUCCCAAUACAAAGUGCCUGGCUUUGUUGCCUGCUGUGGACGGUGAAGGGAACUGUGGACAAGAAGGCUGUGUAGAUGAGAUGGUCAGUAUUAUGGGAUAAUUGCGGGUCUGCAAAAAAAGUUCCAGUUUUAAGGUUAUCGUGCAAAAUAGAGAAGUUUUCUUUGAUGGCCUUGGGGAUAGAAAUUACAAUGUGGUUUUGGAUGUAGGAAUUCCUUGUAGAAAUUCUAAUUAAAUUAAUCAGGUCUUUCUAAUGUUUUAUCUCUAUAUAAACUGUGCUAUGCUAAAUAUGUUCUGAGUGUUUUUGCGACAGUUUUGGGCUGUCCCAUCUAAUUGGAGAGCUGAUUCACUUGAACUGCAAAAUCAGAUGCCUGGACAAUCAGUCAAGUUACAGUAACUGCUCUGGUAAAACCUUAGAAAUCCUUAAGAAGGCUGUCAGGGAAGUUUCAUUUCAGUUAAGUUUUAGGUUUGUGUUUGUGACUUUGCAAGUGUUUGUUAUUUUUGUGAAUGAAGCAAUGCAUCAACACUGUUUUGAAGCUCUCUCUCAGCCCAUACUGGCAGAAGUCUGUCAACUUUAUGUGUAUAAUUUACACUUUUUGCUGUGUUAAGAAUUGUCAUAUUCUUAUCCUGCUGAGAACCUUUCCCAUGCACUUUUGUCACAUUUGUCAUACUCAGACAGUUAUCUGCCAUUCCUUUGCAUGGCUCUCUGCUUCCAGCAGAAUUUUAAGUAAUGCCCCUGUAUCUGUAAAUCUCCAUGUCCUUGCAGCUGUCAGGACUAGACAGAUAUUCAUCAGUAGACAGUAGACAUGAUGGGUACAUUUUGCUCAUUUUUUAGAGACUGAGUACCUGUGUUCCAUAAGUACACAUUCCUGAUCUGGAUUAAGUAACAGCACAGGUGUGCUCAGCAGGAACUGAAUGCAGACAAGGUAUGCGUGAUCAUAUGAGUGUGUCCAUGCUUUCUUAAUUAGGGAUUUUUUACAGUUUUUGUUCAGUUUUAUGACUGAGUAUUCCAAUUUAAAACACUUCAAAAGCUACUUCAAAAAGUAGCUUUAUUUUAGCAAGCACACAGCAGUGAUAUAUUCAGUAGCAAGUGAAUUUCAAACAGAAUUUGGAAAGGCAUUUCAAUAAUGUUUUGAAGGUGUUAUAGAACUGUAAGAAAAAGUGCUUCAUAAUCACAGGUUACUUACAUCAUACCCUUUACAAGCUAUAAAACAGGAAUUUAUUUUGAGUAAGCAAUAUUAAAUAAAUUAAUUAUUAUUGAUUUCUGUCUUGUAGUCUGCUAAUCAAUAUUGUCUUGAUAAAUUAAUUCAACUUGUGGUUCAAUUGUUACUAUGUACUUUUUAAAUGCUGAUAAAUUUUCCAUCUCCACAAGUCCAUACAGGUAUACAGUAGUGUGAGGAGGAAUCCCUGAAUAUAAUUUUUAUCAUGGAUGGGUAGACAGAUUUUUUUAAUGUCUUACUAUGUCAUUUGCUACAAUGCCACUUCAUCAUCACAAGCAUCUCCUUUUCCACAGUUUGAAAGGUUGGUAUCCUUACCCUACAAAUGACAUAUGUUCAUUGGAACCAGAAACGAAAAGGCAGGAUUAUCUUUCCUGAAGAUGUCUGCAAAAAAUUAAAUUUAAUUUAUCUUAAUUGUCAUUGCAUUGUAAGGUAUAAUGCAAAUAAUAGCUCUAAUUGUUUAUCAGCCUGGGUGAAAAUUCAGGAUAUGCAUUCUUUAAGUAAUGUGGAAUGUAAGAGAAUUGGAUACAUUUCAAUUAUUCGAUUUUUUUAAGUAUUGGUCAAGCACCCAAAUUCACCUGCUGCAAUGCAGUCAUUUUCAAAAUGGUAAACACAGUUUUAAACACAAUGUCACAAAACUUUCUUGUUUGGCCAUUGAUUAGGAUCCUAUCUGCAACUUCAUCAAUUUCCUGUAUGUAUCCCAGUUUGUUUUUACAGUGGGUCAUGGGAUUGAUGACAUUAUCCAGGUAGUUUCAGGUCUUUUUAUUACAGUAUGACCCCCAUCAAUGAAAGGGUUUUGUGGUGUAAUCACAUAGAAAGAACAUUUUGUAUGCCAGUUCAAAUAUUGCUUAUAAGCUUCUUUUUAGCCUUUCAACACUUGCUUAUAUUGGUUAAUUAAACUGGUUAACUUGUUUCCUGAUUAUACAAUGCAUUUUCCUUGAAGUCAUGGAAUACAACUUAUUCUACAACUGAUUGGCGGUAUACAGGUAUAUGCAGCAUAGUGUGCUAAAAUGUCUCAGUGUAUACAGUAUGUGGAUUAUAGUAAAAUUUACAGCUAUUUUUUACUUGUGGUCAAUUGUGGUUACAGCCAUGUCUUCUUUUAAUCUCUGUACCCUACCUUUUAGAAUGUACAUUUGACAUUCUUUUCGGAUUGCUCUUGCUGUGCCAUUCUCUGCACUUUCAGUAAGUGGCUGUAGUCUGGCUAAAUUGGGUAAGCCAGUAAUUCUAACCCAGUUAUGAUUUUUUUCCAUCUUUUGGUUACCCUUGAAAGAGGUAUCAAACAAGAGAAGGCAGAUGAGAUACAGUAUAUAUAUAUAUUAUUUUUAUAGCACUUAAAUUAAAUGUAUUACUAAACAAACACCUAAAAAGGUCUUACUUUAUCAAUAACUUCACAUUUGAUUCUAUCACCAUGGUAACUUUCCAGGCAAAGACUCACUCAUGAGCCAUUAGUUUGAUCUAAGAGAGUAAAGACUGGACAGGCACACAUCUGGAAAUGAAGACCUGAAAAUAAAUACUGUAAAAUGUUAUACCAGCACAUAACUUGCAUAAAAUAUGGUACAACAAACAUUUCCCCUUACAAGAAUAAAAAGAUAAUGUUCAUUCCAGUUUUUAUACUGUUGAUAAAAUACUGCUUCAACACACUAGAAAAUCCAUAGUGCCUACAAGACUGAUAUAAAUAAAAAGUACGAUACAUAAAUAACUCCAGAGAAUGAGCCAUCACUAGAAGCACUAAUGUAUUUCAUGUGUUUUCUCAGUUCUAACCAUAAUGUCUUCACAGCUCAAGAGAAUUAGGAACAAAAAGCAGCACUGUCAGAGAUUCUUUGAUUCACAUUUUCCUGGGACAUAAAGCAUACAAGAUUUACCACUGUUUCUACAAAUCAAAUCGGAAAAAAAAUGGAAAAUUUCAAAGUGAGACGUCCAUAUAAAAGAAAUCAAUGGAUUUCAGGACUGAAGAUCUUUAACACUUUUUUUUUUAUAGACUCACUACGCCAUCUCUUCCUAUGAGAUUUUUUAUAUUUCCCUCAGUUGUUUAUAUAUGUAUAUAACUUUUAAGGAUCAAACCACAAUACCAAAAAAAUGUGAAAAAGGCGAUAAAUAAAAAUAUCACUCCAAUCACUACUUCUACAUAAAUGUUUGCAUAGCAACACAUACAAAGUUACAAUUAUCUACUGUAUCUCGCCCAUAAUUCUAUGCUUCUAUUUAAAAGGUUAGUAAGGUGGCCAUAACCCCAAAAUUCCUAGUAUGCUUUAAAUGGGGGGGUUGAAAGUGGCUUGUAACAAAUACAAAUUAAUGUGUAAAUUAAGUGCUACAAUUCUGUAAGAGGGCCGUAGGUUGAGACAAGAUGGUGAUUGUUGCCUUCACCACAUUCACCACAGAACAAUGGGGAAUGACCUGCCAUCCUCAAUCACCUGACCAGCUGGAGAAAUGCAAUUGGGCAAUCGGUCUUGUGACAGUUAAGGCUGUUAGGAUGCUUCUAAGUUGGUUGUAAACAUCUGCUGUCCAAGAGCAGGGCAGAGCUUCCAAGAUGUAUUGAUCAGAGGGAAAACGGAGAGACUGAUGGAUAGGCAUGUGUACUUUUAAAGGCUUUUUUUUAAGUUUUUGAAGUGUCUUGGAUUUUUUUCUUUUGAUUUAGCUGCCAGGCUACUGAUAGAAAGAACAGUUAAAGCUUGGAAAAAAGCCGCUUUGCGGUUUUGGAUAUAUUUCUUGCACUGCAAAAUAACAGAGUGUUGUCUUUUCAACCUUACAGCUGAGUUUUGCAUCUCUGUUUUCAAAUACCAAAAAAGAUCACUUCUGCUUCCCUGAGUAUGCCACAAUUGUUAAAAUUAACGUCAACAAAUUAGAAAUGAACAAUAACCAUUUUUGAAAUUUGGGUAGUCUUCUAAAAUAUGAAUGGUGUGGGACAAAACCAAAAUGUACAGUAUGGCAUACAGUAGUAAGGUUAAAACUCACAUACUUUGUCAUAUGUAGUGUCUAAAUUGGGGCCAGCUGGCUUUUGAAAAUCUCAAGAUGAAUGGUUCCACAUAUUGUCCUCUUAAAUUAAAGCGAAAGUUGCAUUUUCCGGCAUUCUUCAAAAUAGCAAAUGAAGGGCAAAGGCAGGGAAAAUUAAAACAAUAAACUAGACGUUUUCAUGUCCUUAAAUUCUGGACUGAAUUCAUAUUUUAAAUAUUUUUUUAAAUAAUGCAAGUGGUGUCUUUUU